AUGACCAAAUCUAGACCAAAUUACUAUAUAAUAUGUAUAUCUAAGGUUCAUAAGAUAAGAAUCAAAAAGAAAAUUAAUAAUUCAUGUUCAAACAAUCCCUAA